CGUGUGUUGCUUCCCCAGCGUGUGUUGCUUCCCCGACGCGUGUUGCUUCCCCAACGUGUGUUGCUUCCUCGACGUGUGUUGCUUCCCCAGCGUGUGUUGCUUCCCCGACGCGUGUUGCUUCCCCAACGUGUGUUGCUUCCCCGACGUGUGUUGCUUCCCCAACGUGUGUUGCUUCCCCGACGCGUGUUGCUUCCCCGACGCGUGUUGCUUCCCCAACGUGUGUUGCUUCCCCGACCGUGUGUUGCUUCCCCAGCGUGUGUUGCUUCCCCAACGUGUGUUGCUUCCCCGACGUGUGUGUUGCUUCCCCGACGUGUGUUACUUCCCCAACGUGUGUUGCUUCCCCGACGUGUGUUGCUUCCCCAACGUGUGUUGCUUCCUCGACGUGUGUUGCUUCCCCAGCGUGUGUUGCUUCCCCAGCGUGUGUUGCUUCCCCGACGCGUGUUGCUUCCCCAACGUGUGUUGCUUCCUCGACGUGUGUUGCUUCCCCAGCGUGUGUUGCUUCCCCGACGCGUGUUGCUUCCCCAACGUGUGUUGCUUCCCCGACGUGUGUUGCUUCCCCAACGUGUGUUGCUUCCCCGACGCGUGUUGCUUCCCCGACGCGUGUUGCUUCCCCGACGCGUGUUGCUUCCCCGACGCGUGUUGCUUCCCCAACGCGUGUUGCUUCCCCGACUGUGUUGCUCCUCAGCGCGUGUUGCUUCCCCGAAACGUGUGUUGCUUCCUCGACGUGUGUUGCUUCCUCGACGUGUGUUGCUUCCCCAGCGUGUGUUGCUUCCCCAACGUGUGUUGCUUCCUCGACGUGUGUUGCUUCCUCGACGUGUGUUGCUUCCCCAGCGUGUGUUGCUUCCUCGACGUGUGUUGCUUCCUCGACGUGUGUUGCUUCCCCAGCGUGUGUUGCUUCCCCGACGCGUGUUGCUUCCCCAACGUGUGUUGCUUCCCCGAUGUGUUGCUUCCCUAA